CCCCAUCUAUUGAUCGGUCACUGGCUCCGCUCAACAUGGCACUAGGGGUGGCGUUCGUGCUCAGCUUGAUCCUCGUCAUCGGCCACCUCCAGGAAGGACCAGGAUCCCUCGCCAAGACCUUCACAUUUCCCGAGUAUCAAUACAAGGAAACCACCAAGAAUGAGCUUCUCUUUAGACAAUUUGAGCAGACUUGCGAGGAGAGCGGAGCCUGCAAAAUGCAAUCGCAGCAUAGGAGCGGUGAUGUUGCGAAAACACGAUGCAUCCGGGAAUGCGUGUCGCCGUCUUGUUACAAGGAGAUUUAUUUAUUCGAUCAAUUGGAGGAAGGUGAGAUUGACGUGAGAUUAAAUUCCUUCAAAGGUUGUUUCAUGCAGCGAAACGGUCGACCGCGAAAGUAAGAAGAAGAAACUCAUGAAAAGAGACGCAAGUAGAAAAAAACUUUUAAUCUGAAAAUGAACGAUUAACGCGGAGAACUGUCGAUAUACCGUUUAAUCCCUCCGGAAUUAAUUAUAUAUCGUGCAACAAAGAAAAAGAGAAAGAGAGAGCAACGCGUCUUCUGUGCGGCGAUUAUAUUAUAGUUGUGUAACAGUAAUGCUUCUCUCUUGUUUAGAACUUGCUAUCUCGAAAGGAUUAAAUCGAUAACAUGAUUCCUGCAUGAUGUGCAUGCUUGGAUAUUUGGAAAAGCACAUGAAAUGGAUUUAAAUGCAUAUCAUGCAUCGAAAAUAGCAAACAUGUAUAACAUGAAGUUUUGCACCAGAAGAAGGAGAGAAAUGUACAUCGAAGAAUUAGAUUAUUAUUCAAGUACAAUCUUUUUCUACUUUUUAUACAUACGUGUUACUUAUGACGUUAUCGUAAAGAUGAUAACGAUAUUGCACAAUAUAAUUGAACAAACUGUUGGCUGCACCAAUAUAGCACGAUUCCAGUUACUAUCUUUAUAUAUGUUACUUCUAUUCUUGAAAUAAUGUAUACUCGAUUCUUAUACACGAUAAUGCAAUUUUGUAUAAGGGAGUAUAAAGAAAAUUGCAUAUUUUAAA